AUGACGUUUCUUAUCGGGAAAACGAGGAGCAAAGAAUUGAUAUUUCUAGUGGUAUUGCUUGUCAUUUCGAUUGAUGUGAGGUGAGUAAAUUAGUCAGGAUUUGUAGCUAGAUUGUAGUUUGGGGUAAUAAAUCACUGUGAAGAUAUAAAUUUUCUAAAUUUAGGGUUACUGUAGGUAGUGUACUUCGAGUUUACAGCGUUGAUGUCAUCGAAUUUUUUAAAAUCUUUUCUCUAGUUUGCAAUAAAGUGCAAAAUGUGCUCAAAUAACCUUUUUUUGAUAAACAACAUAAAACAAACAUUCAAAAGUUCAAUUUUUCAAAUUCCAGCCAAACACAAUGUUAUGGACAAAAAUGUAAGGAGGGAACUCGACAAUAUUUGGAAGACACGUAUGUUUUUCACUAUUUAUCUUUAUUUUCCUCUAUUUUUCUACCAUUUUCGGUGGGAUUUUCUCCAAAUAUUUUUCGAUAAAAAUAAUGAUUUCUAGAGAACAAUGUCAUGGAAUGGAAUGCGAAUCAAAAGAAUCUCUAUUGAAAAUGAUCAGCGAAAUGCAAAAAGAUAAACAUGAGCAAUAUAUGGCACCAGCUUUGAAAAAACCAUUGGCAACUAGCCAAAUGUUUGUUAGUAGUGUUUCAGCUACUGUCAAUUAUACUUGCUCAAUUUGUAAUAAUCCAGUUUUGUGUUUGAAUGGUGGAACUUGUGUUGCUGAUCCAUCUUAUCCUUGGAGAUAUUAUCAGUGAGUUCUUUUUUCAAAUAUGUUGGUUCAGUAACAAUUUAUUCGAUAAGACUACGUAAAAGUAAAAAAAUUGCCCUUAUGAUAAAUGUCAAAUGCCAACUUUUCCACGUUAUAAUUUUAAAAAAUAUACCGAUAAAUGCUGAAUUUGUGAUCAGAGUUCCCUUCUUCUUUUUCUCAAACCUUCCUUUUUUCUCAAAAAAGUGCCUCCUCAAAAAUAAAUUUUUUGCAGCUGUAUUUGUCCAGACAACACAUCUGGCCAAAACUGUCAAAAUAUCAUUCAAUGUAAAGCCAACACAUGCGGUGAUAAUGCAAUUUGCUACGUUGCAAAUCAUCAAUUGAAUUGUAUCUGUAAACCUGGAUAUACAGCCAAAAGAAACGGUAGAGAUUGUGAUUUGAAAGUUCAAAGAGCUUGUAUGAAUGGAGAUCCACAUUAUGAAACAUUCGAUAAUCUUCGGUUUGACUAUCAAGGAACCUGCCCAUAUGUUUUCAGUCAACCUUGUUCACAACUUCCAUCUCCAUUUAAAUGGUAUUCUGUGAGAGCAAAAAAUGAGUUGCCAGGAAAAGGAUAUCAGUGAGUUAUAAAAAACACAUAGGAAAAACAUUUGAAUGUUUCUUUCCAGUAUUUCACAAGUUUCUGAAGUUGAAGUUGAUUUUGAUCAAUUGACAAUCCACGUUGAUGGUAGAUCAAAAACUGUUCUUGUAAAUGGUGUUCAAGUUCUAGUUCCUUGGUAUUAUCCAACAAAAUCGAAUUGGACAGUUCGAGUCCGAUAUUCGGGUUCUACUUUCACUUUGCAAAAUGAUCAAGGAGUUACUGUCACAUUCAGCACUUAUAAUUCACUUUGUGUUGAAGUCCCAGAUGUUCCAGCCUUCCAAAAUGCCACAACACUUUGUGGUUUGGCAGGAAAUAUUGAUGGAAAAUGGAGUGAUGAUGUUGUAAAUAAAAAUGGAAGUGUUCUUCCGAUUUCCAGUAGUCGACAACCAACAAACAAAAAUCGUCAAGAUUUUAUGGCAACUGAAGAUACAUGGAUCACUGAUAACUUUUUGGUUUUGAGACCAAAUCAAGAAAUUUGUGUAAAUGGACAAACUAUCGAUAACAAUACUGAUUGUGUAAGUGAGAAAAUCUAAUUAUGAACAUUUUCUAGUUAGAAACGAUGAGAUUUUGGCCAACUUCUAGGAUUUGGCCGAAAUCUCAUCAGUUUUGGAAUCAUGUUUUGAACAGGAUGUUACAACUGUUUCUGCUUAUUGCUAUCCGAUUCAACAAGCUGAAUUAGGUCUUGGACCAUUUGGUGGAUGUCAAGGAUUAGGAAAUGAUACACUUGAAAACUUCUAUUAUAAUUGUAUUUAUGAUGUUUGCCGAAAUUCAAAAUAUAAAUGUACCGCGCUUUCGAAUUUCUUCCAAUAUUGUCAAUUGAAUCUUCCAAGUAAGUUGUUUAUUCAUUGGAACGUUCACAUGUGUACUUUAAUCAUAUUUAUAAAUUUCAUUCAUGUUUUCAUUCAAAAUAAUUUUAGCCACUUCUCAAAAUCCAAACUGGCGUGCACAAGUAGACUGCCAACUUGCUUGUCAACCAAAUUCUCAUUAUUCUCUUUGCACAUCUGCCUGUCCAUCAACUUGUGCUGAACCAUAUCCAGAAAAUUGUUAUGAACCAUGUUCAGAUGGUUGUGAAUGUGAUCCAGGAUAUGUUAUUGAUAAUACAGUAACCCGUGUUCAAUCUUGUAUUCGAAUUGAUCAAUGUGGUUGUGUUGAUGAAAAUGGAAAUGCUCAUACCGCGAAUGUGCCUUGGCUCACAAAUAAUUGCACAAUUUAUCAUGUUUGUCAAAAUGGUUCUAUGUACAGUGAUGUAAGUCAAAAAUUUUCCCCGCGAUUUUUUUCUGAAAAUCUAUAACGAUUUCAUUUCAGUAUCGUCCAUGUUCUUCAGAUGGUUAUUGUGCUGAUAUUGGUUACGGUUAUAGUUGUGAAUGUCAAAAAGGAUAUCGUGGAGAUGGUUAUACUUGUAACGAUAUCAAUGAAUGUGUUGAAACACCGGGAAUUUGUGGACACGGAACUUGUCAAAAUCUUCCUGGAACUUAUCAAUGCAUUUGUGAUAAUUUCUAUACUGGAUCAAAUUGUAACACUUUCAAACCACAAAGAGAUUGCGCGGAUCUUUAUGUUUAUUGGGGUAUUCGAGAAAGUGGACAAUAUGAAAUUCUUCCACCGUUCCCUACACCAAAUCUUCCAGCUUUUGCCCCAUUAAAAGUUCAAUGUGAUAUGAGUAAUGGCGGUGGAUAUACUUUGGUCAGUUCAGAUAUUGCUGGUUUGAAUAUCAAUAAAACUUAUCAACAAUACGUUGAUGGUUUUGGUGAUUCGUCAACUCAGAAUCUGUUUAUUGGAUUAGAAUAUCUUUAUCAAUCAACACAAUAUGUUCCACAAACUCUCCGACUUGAACUCUUCCGUUGUCCUGGAAAUAAUCGACCAGCUAAAAAUACCGAAUGCAUUUAUCCAAGUUUCCAAAUUCUAAAUGCUACAACACAAUAUUCAGUUGUUAUUCCAAAACCAUGUUCAGGAUCUGAAGCUGGAGACAAUUAUUAUGAAGAUGGAUGGGCAAGAUGGGAUUUGAAUGGAGUUGGUCCAAAAUUCUCAACCUGGGAUUUGGAAUCAUCGACUAAAUCAUCACAGAAAAUUACAGUUAAUGACGCAGUUUAUUCAUCUUGUUCUGAAGCUAAUUUACGAACUGGUUGGUGGUAUGUUGAAGAUCAACUUUGUGGAGCUGCUAAUUUGAACGGUGUUCGAUAUGAUUGUGCAAAUAUCCCGAUUGAAACUGAAAGAUAUUUGAGAUGGGCUCAAGGAACAUUGGGACAAUCAUGGAUGUAUUUAAGACCUGCAAGUUAUCCUAACUUGUCAAUUAAUGUGUAA